UAGUUGGAUCACGUGAGCUACAGAAAGGGGUUAUUCUCCACAGAUAGUUUCAUUCUAGCGUUUUUAUAGCACUCAACUCGAUAAUGUCUGUGCGCCGUAACCUUGCAUGGGUUAACGCGUCUUUUUAUGCACAAUCAAAUUAAGAGUGAUACUUUGCGUUGUCUGAAUAGGUGCCCUCUUCAGAUCAACAUCAUCAUAUCUCAGUGUUAUGUGCUGUAGUAAGAGCCGAGGGGUAGCCUGCAGGAGGAGUGACAAGGGACUUACAUCUCAGAAAGGGGUGGAGCUUCAUACCGUUCCUCUAUUUUUUUUGAUGCAAUAGCGUUCAGUCUAUCACGUCGUCCCAAUCGCUCAGCACACCACCAAAAGCCGUCAACUAACCUAAGACUGACGUUAUUUUGACAGGAGUAGACCUACAGGAAUUUACGCAUUGCUAUUUGUUGCGCAAUCAUACCAUUUCUUUGUCAAAUUUUUCAACUUUUAAAAGUGGCCUACUCGUUCGCUAUUUUUCAAGCACAUUAUUACCUUGAUUUUAGCAUCCGGGAAUCCACUGCAACUUUGGAGAAAAGCAAGUGGUGCCUUUUGACAUUGUUAUUUUAGCUGUAGCACAUUGUGUUGGGUUGCAAGUUGCGCUUGGAUUGCUGGUUCUAUGGAAUCUUGGAAGUUCGUAUCAAGACCAGAACAACGAGAAUGCCAAGAGGAUACGCAGGGAGAAUCGGUUGAAGACAACAUUCAGACUGAAAACAGCAAGGACCUUUUUGCAUGAAUAGGCUACCUGCAAGACACACCUCUAUUGCCUAGGCUACUCAGAUGAAUAAGUGUUAGAUAAUGAAUAUCAUAUUGAUUUUAGACUGAAACAUAAUUUUCAUUACAUGCUGUGAAUUGAAGAAAACUAUCAGAGAAGAUUUUUUAUAGUCGAGUACCGUUCUCGGUAACCUAUAAUUUACAAUUUUCUGUAACAGAUCGCGUUCAAUUUUCAAUGUGCCAUCAGCCGGACAAUAUUGCUCCUGUAUGUGAUUGAAACAUAUACAAUCUUCUCUUUUUGCCUCGCUGAAAAGCGCAUAUUGAUUGUGUUGCGGCAUCAUGAUGGAGGAACAAGCCCGGAUAAUGCAGGCGCUCAGCGGCGUGACUCUGGCUGGCCAUUCGGUACAAGGAGGCAUGGGACUACCGCCGCCCCACGGACACGAGGGGACCGAUGGGGACGGAAGAAAACAAGAUAUUGGGGACAUUCUUCAUCAAAUAAUGACAAUUACCGACCAGAGUCUGGAUGAGGCGCAAGCAAAGAAACAUGGAUUGAACUGUCACAGAAUGAAGCCCGCGCUCUUCAGCGUUCUCUGCGAAAUCAAAGAGAAAACAGGUCUCAGUAUCCGGGGUGCUCAGGAGCAGGAUCCUCCGGACCCCCAGCUCAUGAGGCUGGACAACAUGCUGCUGGCCGAGGGCGUGUCCGGGCCAGAGAAAGGUGGUGGGUCUGCGGCUGCCGCGGCAGCAGCCGCUGCGGCGGGGGGCGGAGCCGACAGCUCCAUUGAACACUCGGACUACAGGGCCAAGCUGACGCAAAUCAGACAGAUUUACCACACAGAGCUGGAGAAAUAUGAGCAGGCGUGUAAUGAGUUCACCACCCAUGUGAUGAACCUGCUGAGGGAGCAGAGUCGUACGCGGCCCAUCUCUCCCAAGGAGAUCGAGCGCAUGGUGGGGAUCAUCCACCGCAAGUUCAGCUCCAUCCAGAUGCAGCUCAAACAAAGCACCUGUGAAGCCGUCAUGAUCCUACGCUCCAGAUUCCUUGAUGCCAGACGGAAAAGGCGGAACUUCAGCAAGCAGGCCACGGAGAUCCUGAACGAGUACUUCUACUCACAUCUCAGCAACCCUUACCCCAGCGAGGAGGCCAAAGAGGAACUGGCUAAAAAGUGCAGCAUCACUGUGUCCCAGGGUGUUGGGGCCACCAUCACAGUGUCACAGGUGUCCAAUUGGUUCGGCAACAAGAGGAUCCGGUACAAGAAGAACAUCGGCAAGUUCCAGGAGGAGGCUAACCUCUAUGCAGCCAAAACAGCGGUGACGGCAACCCACGCCGUGGCAGCAGCCAUUCACAACAGCCAGGCCAACUCACCCACCACGCCCAACUCUGGCUUCCAGAUGAAAGAUGAGGAAUUUCAACUGGACUCUGCUGAGAGCAAAAACUCCCUUUUAACCAACAUGUUCACAGCCGGUUCCUCUGCCUCUUUUAGCCUCCCUAACUCUGGGGACAUGUUCAUGAACAUGCAGAGUCUGAAUGGGGCCUCUUACCAGGGGGCUCAAGUCGGAGAUAAUGUGCAGUCACAGGGGGAUACCAUACGCCAUGCUAUCAGUCAGACGGUCGGAUACAAUGACGGGCUCCGGCAUCCCAUGUACAGUCCUCACAGUCUAAAUGGUAACGGGGGAUGGCACGGUGCACCUACUCCCUCCUCAGUGACGUCCCCAAACGAAGGGCCAGGCAGUGUGCACUCUGAUACCUCAAACUGACCACCUCACUGAUCGUCUCUUUUCCACCUAAUAUGCUACCGUGCCCUCGACCAAUGUGACUGAACCAAACAGAGGCCAAACAGAACCAAUCACCUCCCUCGACUAAGUCUAACCCCUCACCCCUCCACUCCAGACAAUGUCGGCCAUUUUGUAAAAUCCCAUCCAAUAACCUUCACAGUCAAGACUGAUAUGAUUGGAUACAGCUUUUAGCAACAUUUUCUGAAUAUAAAUAUAUAUUAACUGACAGACUGACGAGUUGGGGUUCUGAAUGGGAAGUCUAGAGAAGCUAAGAGUAGAUUUAUUCAAGUAAAAACUGAAGACCGUGCGUCUCUCUCAACCCUUCAGAUCUACUUUUUUGACACUUUUUACUUUUUUUUGGCCAACUAAGACUGAAGGCAACAUAGAUGUGGUCCAAUGGAUUUUCUUCUGCCAGUGUCACUAUACACCUGUUGUGGGGACAGCGGAAUCAUUGGAAGUUGCAGGUGCGCAACUGACGAAAGGUUUACUUGCUGCGAUGCUCCAAUGGGACUUUCUGCACCUCUAGUGGACUCGCUGUAUUUCUGAUACUAACAUCCCGGAUUUAACAUGUUUUGGGGAUUGACACGAUGAAGGACAUUUAAAACGGCAGCUUUUUUUUUUGUCAUGCUCUUAUUCUCAACACGAGUCCUCUUGCUGAACAUGAAUUUCUAAACCUUUUAUUGGACACUGUGCAUUCAGUUCGAAUGGAUAUAUUCAGUCAUUUGAUAGUAUUCACUCCAAUGCUGUCUCAACAUUCAUAUUUGUAUGAUCAUGUCUUACCAUAUCUUACAAAAUGACAUUUACAAAUAGUAAUACCAUUGGAGGAGAUCCCGAGAAUUGUGUGUCAAAACAGAACUGUAAUGAUUUACCUCGUGAAAAUGACGACGUCACCAUUUCAAACGGAUUUUUAGUAACUUAGAGUACUACCUCUUCUUAACCUAGCAUUACUAACAUCUGACUAUUCUAAAUCCCAAUUUUACUUUUGUUUUACAUGUCUUGUAAUUAGCUCUUGUACUUUUGAUCUUGUUGGGGGGGGGGG